AUCUUCUUCGAGGCGCUGCUGAGGACUUGUAUGCACUGCUGAUGCUCCUGGCUACGAUGGACCGUCGCUUUCCUCCCGAGGAGUUCGAAUGAUAGGCGAUUGACACUCGCGAGAGAGAGGCUGUCAAACAGAAGUGCAAGGUCUUGUUUACCUAGACAGAAGGUGCGUGCAUGUACACGCGGGACACAACAAUGGGAACAUGGUGAGAAGGGAACGCAGGAACUGGCAUGGGUUCGCAAACGCUGGAGAUCCUGCGCCAGGGCGUCUGGGCAAGUCUCACAGGAGGCUGGUUCUACGACCCCCAUCUGGAUAUUUUUUCCAACACAUUUCACCUUUAUGUUUGGCUCUUUCUACUCUGCUUGCCGUUUACCAUCUACCUGUACUUUCCACCAACACUUUACGUGUGGCUGGCAUACUGUUCGACGAUUGUUGCUCUUUUUGGUACAAUUAAAUGCAUUAACCAUGCACUUCACUGUGUCUAUGAUACCACGGAGUGCUUGGAGGAGCCCAAUCAGAACAUCAGCCAACAGAAACUGGAGAGUGAGAAAAAAAGGGACAGCCGGACCAAGCGGAGAGAGCAACCACAGGAUCAAGAUUUUCUUGGUAUCGAACUACAGGUUUUAAAUGGGAGACCAGAUAUUCCGCUAGUAGAGUGUUCAUCGCGCAACUCUUAUAUAGAACCCAACACACAGAAUGCCGACGCGGACAGUAUAACAUCUGAUUAUACGAGAGAUAAGCCAAACUCGACAAUAGAUUUAAAAGUUGAAAUACAUCGAAAAAAUAGUUCCGAGAGUUCUGAGGAGGCCGCUCAACUAAACAAGCCGAUUGUCACGGGUAUAUAUGUAUAUGAAGCUGAAUUAGUAUCAGAGCAAGAUCAUGAACAGCAUUAUAUUAAUAGAAUUUAUGAACGAAGACCGAUAUCACCAAAAUAUUUGGCCCCAUCAGGAAGAGGCCAAUCCAUGUCGAGGAAGUUCUGCAGGCAUGCGUCGGAGGACUCGAGAACGCGCUACUCGAAAUCGAACAAUCUCGGGAAGACGGGUUCGGAGAGUCAAAUCAAGCAGACCAGCUCUAUGGAAUUGGAGACAUCGACCGAUAGAUUCUGGAAGUAUAUGGAGGCGCACGUGUUAAACGACCAGCCGCAAAGUCUAGAGAUCAUCUCCAUCAUUUCGAAGAAGGAAGAUGCAGAUAAAAACAAGAUUCCAUCGCAUCCACAAUCUCUCGAGGUGAUAUCUAAAAUGCCGCACCAGCAACUCGUUCAUCCGCAGAGUCUUGAAACUAUUAGAGCAUUUAGUAAAAUAGCCGAUCAAACCGACGACAAUAAUCUACCCCUGCAUCCUCAAAGUUUAGAAACAAUCAAUUCAAAAAAGUCCUUGCCGCAAAACACUUUGAAACGCAAUCGAUUACAGUUGCUGCCACAUCUCAGUUGCGGCUCGGAAAUCGGACAUCCGAUAGCUGAACAGAGCGAUGAACAAAUUCCUACGGAAAACUCUGGACGAUAUAAUCUUCAAGAUUCCUAUAGCCCACUACUCACACGUAAAGAUAACGACGAUAGAUUUUUAAGGUACAUUGUAGAUACGACGGUAGACAACGACUCGGCAAACUCGCGCGAUGCCCUUUUGGAAGAGCCGAAGCCUGUGACGAAAAGGAGAUUCAGCAAUACUAGUCAGAGCAGUUGGGACUUGUCCGAUGGAGAAAGGCGCAAGGAAAAAAGGAAAGAAAAGUCGAAACACCAGCAACAGUCCGAUGAUCCAAUAAAUUCGGGAAGCAUCGUUGGAAUUGAUUGGCUUUUUGAGAACGGAGAGGGAGAACCGUGGACUAACAAAAUUUUAUGGACUUCGCAGAAAUCUGACGAUGAUACAGACGCGUCCGAUAGUAUACAGACAGCUAGUACAGAUUAUCUGCCAAGCAAAGAACCAGACUCGGGUUCCUCAUCGACGACGACCCUGAGCCUGGAGAACGAGGUGAAACGCAAAUUGCUGCCUAGUCAGUCAGAAGUGGACAGCAAACGUCAACAAGGUGCCAUUCCGAAACAAAGUCGCGCCCGGCUGAACAACAGCAGUAAUAGUGCAAGCAACAGCGUUGAAGCUGUGGUUGCAAGUUCGUCCUCGGCUGCUGCUGCAUCAGCCGGUGUAAGUGGUAGUACGGAUCAAGUAAUCGCCGCAGUGGACGAAGUCCAGGUGGUUCCAGCACCUAGACCCACCAAAAAAAGACUGAGCACUGCCACAAGGGAACGACGGGAACGAAUGCACAACGGGGCCGCGGCCAGUGCCAGUAAUGUUCAAAAUCACAAUGAGAUCAGCAAUAGUGUGAGUGCUAGAUUCGUUCCAAGCAACGCCGGUGUCGGUGGCGGCUCCAACAACGAAUUGAGCACGUUGCUACCAAGUCCAGCGCCGCCUUUACUAGCUGCAUUACUAAACCAAUCAGGUAGACCUGCAGCAGAUCUGCCUAGUCAGUCCAGUACGAUGGCGGAUUUGCGACAGACUCGUGGACCUUACGACAUAAGGGGAUCUCGGUCUCGAUACAAAAAAAUGCACAGAUCAAAGGGUACGAGACGAAAGCAACGGAAUAUCAAUCCUGCUCAUGCGGAUCAGGACUUUACGACGUUGACACGCUUUCUUUAUCACAUAACUGCGAACCCAGAGACGCCAGAGGACUCGGUGCAUUACUUUCGUGACGAUGGUGGCCGUUGGUUGGCCUACACUUUUGAUGAUAAAGCUGUUGCUGCCUCUGGUGGAACUAUGCCAGCUAUACCAGCUAUUGCCGCGGGUGCUGCAGCAACGACUCCAGCGCGAGUUAUGCCCGAACCGAGUGAGGGUCGUUCUCAAUUGCUCAACACACUAUUGCGACAACACCUUAAUCAGAACCUGCAUUAUGAUGGAAACUAUGACCUGCCGGAUGUGCCCGAUCUUUCAAGCAACAGCUACAGCAGUCUGUCUCUCAAUUCAGCAGGUUUAACAGUGGUAAUCGACACACCUCCUGCAUUGACUCCUCCAGUUCUUUCCUCACCUGUCAACAUCAACAACAAUAACACCAGCUCGAGCAACAACAACAACACAAGUAAUAGUGGAGCCGGUAGCAGUAAUGGAAGCGGUGCUAUGGGUGGCCAGUCAAAAUUAUUGCCAGGUCCACUGCCAUCAGCAACGAUGAGUUCGUCGAACGUCACUGCUUCGAAUCAGGCUGUCGUUGCCUCAACUAGUGGUGGUGCUGGCACUUCAUCAGAGGGGAAUAAUCCACACAAUUCUCAGAGAAUGCCCUACCGUCAGCUAAUAACUGAUUCUAUAGCUGAUAGAAAUCGAAGAUUGCAGAGUUUGCUGGGAAAUUUAGAAUCUGCAAACGCCGCUAACUGUGGUCCUGUUGAUGGAAAUCAAAUGCCUGUGAUGUCUUUACCAAUGAACCAAGAAAACUUUACUUGGAAUCGUUUUAUUAACGAGUUCAUUGGUUUUGACGAGCCGAGUCAUAUGAAAACCAAACCUACGCGUCACUACUACAAGUGGAAAAUCGGUCGGUUACCCCAUGUCAAGGUGCGAUUUGAUCGACUGUCUUUACUUGCUCUCCUCGACAGGAACCUCACGGUAGUGGAGACGAUAAUCUCAACGAUGCUGGCAGUAGCAGUCGCGGGUUUAGGUCUACUCAUACUGCAUCAGGGAUUCUACAGAGAUAUUUUCGCAUUUAUCUUCUGCUUCGUUACCGCUGGUUGUCAAUACUCGUUGCUUAAGUCUGUGCAGCCUGAUGCUGCGUCCCCCACGCAUGGGUUUAAUCGGAUUGUCGUUUUUUCUCGGCCAAUCUACUACAUUCUCUGCACAAGUAUAAUCCUCAUCCUUGAGUCAUCCUUGAAAAACUUUAAGAACUCGGAGUUUCGGGUCUACGGUAUGCAGAUUCUCGACUACAACGUCAUCGUUCAGACACGCAAUGUCCUCCUCAUCUUUUUACUCUGUUUUCCUAUCGUUUUCUCACUCGGCCUCUUCCCUCAGAUCAAUACCUUCCUCAUGUAUCUCUGCGAACACACGGAUAUUCACUUAUUCGGCGGUAAUGCCACCACCAGUCUAGUCUCAUCUAUAUACUGCCUUUUUCGGAGUGUCAUAACCGUCGUCACGCUAUACGGAUUUGCUUACGGCGCACUGAUGGAACCUAAAUCGUCACAGCAUAUACUAUUUUCAAUAUUUGCUGGUUUGCUGGUUGCCAUCUCUUACCAUCUCAGCAGAUCGUCGUCUGAUCCAAGCGUAAUUUGGGACAUAGUAAAAACGAACCUUUGGCCACCCGAAGUAUACCUUGAAGAAAAACAAGUCAAGGUCAUUGAAAAUACUUCCAGGCGUGAUAACUCAAAUUCCCAAGCAGCGUCUGCUGCAACUAGCACUGCUGCUGGCGCCGCUGCAUCUUUAUCUGCACCUAAAAACCCUAACACACCUGCUAAGCCACCAAAAACUAAGUCUCAUUCGAAGAAAAAGGAUAUGAAAAUUGUAGUUGGUGAGCAGGCGUCGGAUUCAGAGCUCUUUGAUCCUCUGCCUAAAAAAUUAAGGUCUACUGUGAAAGCGAGACUCAAAAACGACAUCAUCGCAUGCUCGGUCAUCGGGAUCCUCUCUUUCGCUAUACACUCAUCAACAGUCUUCACGGCUCUACAGCCAGAGAUCAAUCCCGUUCUUUGGUCGUUUACGGGUAUAUUAGGCCUGUUGUUGCACUACAUAAUGCCACAACUUAGAAAGCAGCUGCCCUGGUUAUGUCUGGCCCGGCCUGUUCUGCGUAGCUUUGAACAUUCGCAAUUUGAAGUUCGCAAACCAGUGAAGAUAAUGUGGUUUGAAAAGAUCUACGUCUACCUAUGCUUUGUCGAACGCAACAUCUUGUACCCUCUUGUAUUCUUAGGCGCACUCACCGAAUCUUCUACCAAAAUUUCAUCGAAGUUUGGUCCGAGCGUUGGAGCUCUCAUAAUCGUCGUCUGCGGUCUUAAGUCUUUACGCUCUGCAUAUUCAGACUCAUCGACGCGCUAUCUCGUCCUCGUUUUUGCGGUGCUGCUCUUUCGGAUGGACUUCCGCGAGUACAGUGAGACUUUCCUGCUUGACUACUUCGUUACGGCGAUUAUCUUCGCCAAGGUGCACGAACUACUGCUCAAAAUCCGAUUCAUCGUCACUUACAUCGCGCCCUGGCAGAUUACCUGGGGAAGUGCCUUUCAUGCAUUUGCACAACCCUUCUCGGUGCCUCAUUCGGCUAUGCUGUUUCUUCAAGCGGGUAUAUCGGCAAUCUUAAGUACACCAUUGAAUCCGUUACUGGGAAGUGCUAUUUUCAUCAGUUCUUACGUCAGGCCAGUCAAGUUCUGGGAGAGAGAUUACAAGACAAGAAGAGUGGAUCAUUCGAACACACGGAUGUCGUUACAUCUUGAGCGCAAUCUCGGCGCUGAUGACAACAAUUUAAAUUCAAUUUUUUACGAGCAGUUAACACGUUCGCUGCAGCACAGUUUAUACGGCGAUUUGGCCCUUGGUAGGUGGGGUACCGUCGAACAAGGUGACUGUUUUCUUUUGGCUUCGGAUUACCUCAACUGUUUAGUCCACGUCGUCCAGCUGGGUAAUGGCCUCGUCACCUUUCAACUUAGGGGUCUUGAAUUUAGGGGCACCUAUUGUCAGCAACGCGAGGUUGAAGCUAUUUCCGAAGGUAUAGAGGAUAACGACAAUUGUUGCUGUUGCGAAAUGGGACACUUCUCGCAUAUACUCAGCGUUAAUGCAGCAUUUAGUCAACGAUGGUUAGCUUGGGAAGUUGCAAGUGCGAAAUAUGUUCUGGAAGGUUAUUCUAUAUCAGACAAUUCAGCGGGCUCGAUGCUUCAAGUCUUCGACUUUAGAAAGGUUUUAGUAACUUACUACGUUAAGAGCAUUAUUUUCUACGCGGUCAAGUCUUCAAAGCUAAAGCAGUGGUUGGAGAAUCAAGAGAUCGUGGACGCAUUAAAACAAACGUUAGAGAAAAAUUUCGUAGAUUUGGAUCCAGUUUUCAACAUGAAUAUUGAUGAAGAUUUUGACUUUCGAGCAAGCGGUAUUACGAGAAGUAGUUUUUGUAACGUUUACUUAGAUUGGAUUCAGUUUUGUGCGACAAAACAAGAUAAGAUGUUGGAGAGAUCUCGAGACUCGUGCCUUGUAUCACUCUGUUUAGCUCUUAGUCUACUGGGAAGACGUGUACUCGGAGCGGCUUCUCACAAUACAGUAUCGAGCGUUGAAUUUUUUCUGUACGGCUUACAUGCUCUUUUCAAAGGUGACUUCCGUAUAACGUCUGUUCGUGACGAGUGGGUUCUGCAUGACGUCGAUCUGCUUCGUAGUGUCGUAGCAAAGGGCGUACGAAUGGCCCUAAAACUCCAUCAAGACCAUUUUACGAGUCCUGACACCUAUGAGGUGGCAUCGGCUCUGUAUGAGGCUAUCGACAGUCACGAUCGGAAUCUUGUCAUUAGUCACGAAGCCGAUCCACUUUGGAGAAAUGCUAUCUUAAGUGGUGCUCCAAGCCUUUUGGCUCUUAGGCAUGUUUUGGAUGAUGGUAUAGAUGAAUACAAGGUUAUAAUGCUCAACAAGCGCUUUUUAAGCUUUCGGGUGAUAAAAAUGAAUCGCGAGUGUGUUCGUGGUCUCUGGGCUGGUCAGCAACAGGAAUUGGUUUAUCUUCGGAAUCGAAAUCCGGAGCGAGGUUCUAUACAGAAUGCAAAACAAGCCCUGCGCAAUAUUAUAAAUAGUUCUUGCGAUCAGCCUAUCGGUUAUCCGAUCUACGUAUCACCGCUCACAACCAGCUACGCUGAAACAAACGAGCAGCUCUGUUCUGUGAUCGGUGGCCCACUCAGUCUCAGCGCAAUAAAAAAUAACGUUCUAAAACUCUGGAGGAGGGUGAGAAGAAGAUGUGGACAAGGAUGCUCUUCGGGUGGAACGGGCUCGCACGACGACGGCGGAUUUAGUAACGACGGUGUUUAUGCCAUGACGACCUACAAUAUACACUCAGGCUAUAAUCAAUCAGGCCACAAUACAUCCGGUUCGCAAUCUAUGGAAUCGGGCUGUCAGAUAGGCGGUUCAACGGGUCGCGGCUCGCUCUGCCGCGCGAACACAAGCUCAGUCGGUGGCAACUGUCGAGGAUCGCUCGCCUCGAUGGGAAAGCCAACUAGCUCAACGCUAGCCAGUCUCGCUGGUCUUCUUAGCAGCGGCGACAUCAAGACUGAGUCCAAGAGUGAAACGAGUUUUAGCGCCAAACUUGAAAAGGAAGAGGUUUUGCAAAGAGUUCGCAUAAUGGACCCGAAUCAUGUGUAUGAUGCAAUAAACCUGGGCCGGCGUAUCGAUGUGAUCUGGCCAGAUGAGAAGAUGCGCCAGAUGGGUGGCCGCUCAGGCUGGCUACAUUGGGUACCAGAGCGUGGUAUGGAAGGUUGUGUCGUUCACCGCUGGUCACCGAACCAUCGCGAUCCCAAUCGGCGUUCCCACGUCGACAAGGUGAUACUGCUCGUAAGAAUUGACGAUAAGUACGUACCGAUUGCCGAACAAGGUGUGCGAGACCUCGGUGCCGAGGUCUAGUGUCCAUAUAGCUAGCGUAAAUUUGUUUGAGCUGUUAUGUAUGCAUGUGUAAAUGCGAAUAGAAGGAUAAUAUGCGUGUCAUGUGACGUUGCAAUUGUUUGUAGUGGAUCCGUUUUCUUAUAUUAGUAUUAUUAUCAUUAUUACUGUUGUGAUUUUUUCUUAUUUUUUUUUUGAAGUUUCUAGGCGGAAUAAGUUAUUGUUAUUAUUAUUGAAAUCGAAAGUUUUUAAAUUGAUAUCAAGAUGUAGGUAUAUCUCAAUCAUUGAACAACUUUGCGUGACAACGGAUCCAUCACUAGACAUUAUUUUUUAAAGUCUAUGGUGAUAGUUAUUGCCUAAUUAUUUUUUAUUUAAUUUUAUUUUUUAAUCUGAGAAGCAGUUUUUCUGAUUCUUAAGUUUAUCUGUAAUAAGUAUAUACUUGAAGAGGCGUGGAAGUUAUAAAAAUUUCCCUACUGAAUUGAAUCGCAGUUGUGUUGAAUA